GGCGAGGAGCGGCGGCGGCGGCGGCGGAGCGACGGGAGGCAGCGAGCAGAAGCGGCCGCGCAGCCGGGCAGGCCGCACCGACCCGCCGACGGAGCCCCAGCCGGCCGGCCGGCGGUCAGCAGGAGCAGAGACAUGAAGGCAGGCUGUCCCAUUGUGGAGAAACCAGAAGGAGGAGGAGGCUACCAUUUCCCUGACUGGGCGUACAAGACCGAAUCCAGCCCGGGCUCCCGCCAGAUCCAGCUCUGGCACUUCAUCCUGGAGCUGCUGCAGAAGGAGGAGUUCCGGCACGUGAUCGCCUGGCAGCAGGGGGAAUACGGGGAGUUUGUCAUCAAGGACCCGGACGAGGUGGCCCGGCUGUGGGGCCGGAGGAAAUGCAAGCCCCAGAUGAACUACGACAAGCUGAGCCGGGCUCUCAGGUACUACUACAACAAGCGGAUCCUGCACAAGACGAAAGGCAAGAGGUUCACCUACAAGUUCAACUUCAACAAACUGGUGAUGCCCAGUUACCCCUUCCUUAACAUCUGCCCCACCGGCGCCGUGCCACAGAGCGCCCCUCCGGUGCCCACGGCUUCGUCCCGCUUCCACUUCUCCCUGGAGGGCCAGUCGCCCAGCGAGGACUCCCAGCCGGGCUGCUUCUCGGGCAGAGCCCUGGGGCCCCCGGGACAGGAGGCACUCAGCAAUGGCAGCGCGGACGAGAAGGCGUCUCCGGCGCUGGAGCUGGACGGGGCCUCUCCGGAUUGGCACCGCAGGGUCGACCUCCUGGCCUCCCGCAACACGGCGGCCGCCCCGGGCACCGUCGACCACCCGAAGCGCAAGUCGGACCUGGUGCUGCCCCUCUUCGGCCGGGCCGGCCUCUACCCAGACGCCCACAGCCCCUUUGCCGGGUCGCCCCUCCCUCCCCGCGGAAGGGUGCUCAACGUGCCCCUCUCCCCCGCCCUGUCGCUGACCCCCACCCUCUUCUCCUACAGCCCCUCCUCGGCCAUGAGCCCCUUCACGCCGGGCGGCAGCAGCUGCUUCUCCUUCAGCCCUGAGGAGAUGAAGCACUACCUGCACUCCCAGGCCUGCUCCGUCUUCAACUACCACCUCAGCCCCCGGACCUUCCCACGCUACCCGGGCCUCCUCCUCCCGCCCCUGCCCUGCCAGCCGGCCCCCCCCGAGGAGCAGCCGCCCUUCCCCAUCAAGCUGCAGCCCCCGCCCGCCGGGCGCAAACACCGGGAGCGCCACGAGAGCGAGGGGGCCAGCGGGCAGCCCCUGCCGGCGCCCCGCAUCAAGCUGGAGCGGCCUUUGGCGGAGGAGCCCGGCGACACUGACUCCUCCGAGAGGGUCCCGGCCGGGCGGGAGGAGAGCGAGGCCGCGGCCCCUGCAGCCCAACGCCCGGAGCUGCUGCGGGAAAAGACGCUCUUCCUGCACCCGUCCGCCCCGGCUUGGCCGGGCGUUUCCGUGGUGCCUGGCCUGGCCAAGAAGCUCAAGCAGGAGGAAGGGGCCGCUGAGAAGCCCCCCGCCCAGGAGCCCAGGGGGGAGCCGGGGGCCCCGGAGAGGAGGGAGGACGCCCUCAUGCCCCCCAAGCUGCGCCUGAAGCGUCGCUGGAACGGGGACCGGCUGGCGGGAGACCCCGAGGAGACCCCCGGCAGGAAGGCCUCCUGGGCCGGCGGCCUGGACACGCCCCACAUCCUGCUGGCCCCCAAGGCUGCGGUGGAUACUUAGGGCGGGGGGGGCGGGCGGGUUGGGAUGCGGCCACCCAAGGUGUCAUGUAGCAAGGUUUUCCUGGCUGGGGGGGCAGGAGGGCGGCGAGGAGGGCUUCACUAAACGUGCGGGGGUGGGGGUGGGGGUUGCUUUGUGUGUGUGUGUGUGUGUGUGUGUGUGUGUGUAUAUGCGUGUGCCCGCGUGCGCAUUGCAGGUGAAAUGCAGUUUUUCAUGUCCUGAGGGUGGCUUGCAAGCCC